AUGGCCCAGAAAUUGAGGGGCUCCUGUCUUUUCUCAUUGUUUAUGGCUGCCUUAGCCCAGGAGACUCUGAAUCCACAAAAAUCCAAGGUGGAUUGCAACAAAGGGGUGACUGGCACCGUCUAUGAGUAUGGAGCCAACACCUUAGAUGGUGGGGAGUUUGUCCAGUUCCAGCAGUAUGCAGGAAAGCACAUCCUCUUUGUCAACGUGGCAUCCUUCUGUGGCCUGACAGCUACGUACCCUGAGCUGAACACAUUGCAGGAGGAGCUGAAGCCGUUCAAUGUCACUGUUCUGGGCUUUCCGUGCAACCAGUUUGGAAAACAAGAACCUGGAAAGAACUCCGAAAUCCUCCUUGGACUCAAGUAUGUGCGUCCGGGCGGUGGCUAUGUCCCCAAUUUCCAGCUCUUUGAGAAGGGGGAUGUGAAUGGAGACAAUGAACAAAAGGUUUUUUCUUUCCUAAAGAACUCCUGUCCUCCCACCUCUGAGCUUAUUGGCUCUCCAGAACAUCUCUUCUGGGAUCCCAUGAAGGUUCAUGACAUCCGCUGGAACUUUGAGAAGUUCCUGGUGGGACCCGAUGGAGUCCCUGUCAUACGCUGGUUCCACCACACUCCUGUCAGAGAUGUCCAGUCAGACAUCAUGGAGUACCUAAACCAAACCCGCACCCAGUAGGACAGGCUUUACAAAUCGUGUCUUUGCUCCACUCUGUCACCAGCCUCCUUAUGACCAAAGCCUGCAGCACUGCCUGUGUCCCCACCAAUGCAUGUGCAAACCGCUCGGGAUAAACUUUUAUUUGUGGCAGGCAUGCAUUGAAAAUUAAGUCAAAGACAAACUAUCCACCCAGAUAUCUAACUCUGAUAUGUCUAGUUUUCCUAAUCCAGUUCAAAAGAAAGUCAUAUUUUUUGGCACUGAUGAU